AUCAAAUUCACAUUACACCAUCGCCCAGCUUGUACACAUUCAAUGAUUCAGAUCCUUGAUUCAAUUGUAGCACUCACGAGUGAAGACCAGAUUCAAUUGCAGCUCCUUGUGCCGCCUCACGACCGCCACAGCUGCGGAACAUUCAACCUUGGCCGGAGCUUGAGACGAGGAAUCACUCAAACUUCAGUCUGAAGUCUACACACGUCCGGCAAGGAUCAGCGCCAGCGUCCGAGCCUACGGAGGCCGAGCAAGCCGAGCAGGACGUAGCAGAAUGCGAUGGCGUCGACAGAUCUUUCGCGUAGAAAGUCGGUCGUAGCAGCAGCGCCAACAUGACGACAUCUCUGACCGCCGCAGCGCUUGCUCAAGUUCCAAAGGGCAGUGCAGGCGACACGCGAGCCUACGUUGUCGCUGUAGCUCAAGAGAGAUGGACACCCGCACCCGCCGACCUGCGCCUCUCCCCUUUGGUCAACUCCUCCUUCGAUCCCAAUGCCGGCUCUGCACAGCAACGAGAAGCUCGCAAUGUACACGAUCGGUUCACCGGAACGCCGGCGCCGGAAAGUGCCAUGCGCCCUGCACUGGUCGAAAGUCAGGCCGGUAACGUGCCCGCCACGGUCGACAAGGGUUCAAAGCAGCGCGAAAGAAUCAAGCCCUUCGUAUCGAGAAUGGCAAAGGCGACGCAGCACGACGGCGAGCCUAAGCGCUCUUUGCACCCAGAGGGUAUCGCCUCCAACGCUGGGCAGCGGCUCAAGCCUGCUGCGGAAGCAGGAGGAGACUCAACAGCGAGGGAAGUCGGGCAAAAUUUGGCCAAUGAAGGCCGCUCGAGGAGGAAGCGUAUCUCCGCUCUGCCUUCCGGGAAAGUAGCUGCGCAGCAUCUUGCUCAUCUGCCAUCUUCCUACUGGGCUGAUGAAUCGCACGUUGACUCUCGUCUCGCAGCGCGCAAAAGCUCGAGGCAUGAACGAAAGCUCGCUCGCCACGGAGUCGUGCCAGAAGACAGCGACAAAGACGAGCGGGUUCGCAAGCCAAAAUCCGUGCAAGUGAUAGACCGAUCUGUGCCGCACGCCACCCGCCUUCGUCGAGCUCACAAGGAUCAGCGUCGACGUCGAAACGAAAACGCACACCAUACAAGUCAGGACACGCCUUCUUCGUCAGAGCAAGAGCAGAGGUUGGGCCAAGCUGGUCAAAAGCGUGGGUCUAUCACACACGACAAAUGCAGGCCAAGCAGAUCGCAAAAGAAGCGCAAAUCAGAUGCUGCUGCGAUAUCUGCUUUGCCCUCAGCGCGCCGAACAAACAGGCGUCUGACUACAAGGGUGGUUGAGCCUCGCCUCGGCCUCUUUAAUCACGGUGUAAGCUCCGGUCCACCCAAAGCCAGUCGCAGAGCAAGGGGCUCACGAAGCGCUCCGACGGAUCUCUGCUUCGUCGAGUCUCACUUUCUGGCGGGCAAUCGUCGAGCACGGCAAAUCGACCUCAUAAACGACAGGGCUGAAAGGUCUCAACAAAGAGAGAUGCGAAAGUCGCAGGCUGCGCCCGGGAAGCAUACGCAUGCGAGACAACUGUCGUCCCCUGGCUGCGCAACAUCGGAGGCCGAGGACAGCAGACAGGACCAGCAGAUGCGAAAGGCGGACGACCUGCUUUCGGAAGAGUCGGAGCUCACUGCUGACUCGCAGCAGCACUCGGCGUACUCUUUGGCCCUCAGAAAGCAGCGGAUUCACACGCGCGCCAAGUCUGACAGCAUUUCAGACCACAGUGAGGACCAGGAGGGCGUAACUGCUCAACGGAAGGCCAAAGGUGACGCAUCAAGGCCAGAAAAAAGCGCCCAAAGCUAUCCGAUGCGCUUAAAGAAUGACGAAGAAGAAGCUCGACAAGCUCUUUUCGUACUCAAACAGCAAGAAAUGCUACGCGAAAGCGGGUCGCGCCGAUUCAAGACGUACAGCCGAGCGUCCAGAUCGGUAGUCGGGGCAGGCAUGGACAAAGCACCUUACGUCGGCGAGUCUGGAGAGAGCAGUGAGAAAGAGAGUGAGGAUGCACCCGCAUGUUGCAAAGUCCCGCCAGUGACAAUCGAUAAGGUGCCAUUACGCCGCACUGCUUCGUUUGAGAAUGGGGAGCUUCACAGCAACAGUCACCACUCGGAAGACAGGCCUUCCUCGCCGGCAGCACCUUUGCGCCAUCUUCAGCCCGGCGAGGAGGUGCUGCCGCCGCCCUUCAUUCCUCCUUCGCCAGAGCACGCUUCGAUCUCCCAGCACAAUGCACCUCUUGCGUUUGGACCUUUUGCUCUUGGACCGAAAAACGCCUGGAGAGCCGCUCAUUCGCGGCUUGACCUGCAUCACGAGCUGCGCAAUGCUACCGCAGACCCUGCAAACGGACAGCGAAUUCAAGCUAGGCCGCUACUUCGGCCCCUAGACAACAUCGAUGGACAAGGGCUCGGUGGGCUCGAGGACCUGGCUCGAUCGCUUCAACCUCCACCUUUGUUUGUGGAGGGCAGGAAUGCCCAGCCUGGAUCUGCAGACGAAGGCUCGGUAAGCUCGCUCGACAGGCUGCUGCUUGCUUGCGAAAGGGAACAAUUGGAAACCCGCGACGCAGCGAGGAUGCCUCCUGUCUCGGACUUGCAAGAUCAUCAGCUCAGUGACGUGUCCUUCUUUAUGGAGGGUGUAGACGUGGCUGUGCAAACAUCGCCGCUCCCUUUGCCUCCCCUGCUACCCCGGGUUCACGACGUCGAAUCUAGGCAGACACCUUCUGAGCAUAGCUCGUAUCGUCCCGAAGACGAGGAGAUUGAACAACUGCAUUUGCCUUUCACAUCGAUGUUGCGCGAUCGCGAUCACAAUGUCCAUUUCGACCAGGAGGACGUAGAUCAGUACCCGAGCCAACACGUCAGCAGAUCUAGCUCACCUUCCAUGUCACUGCCGGAGCACGACGCAUCCCCUGAUGCGGCUCAUGACCCAAUAGCAGAUUGCGCCUGCGCCAGCUGCUCGAGGUGGAUCGUGGAACGAGACGAGGCUCUUCUGCUCGAGGACAUAUCGCCCCUCGAAGAGCAGGACGAGCACAGGCUCCGCAUGGACUCGGAAUCUCCAGCGUUCGCAGCAUCAUCGCACGAGCAUUCGCAGUCCUUGUGCUUCACUCCCGCCCACGAUCAUCACUUGAGCACCUCUUCGCGAGCCUACGUAGUAUCAAAUGAGGAGGCGUUUGCACCACGCUGGCUCAAGCCUCGAGAUGCGAGCGAUCGCCAGUCCCAGGUCGAUGCGGAUCUGAUACCGCCCAAGGACUUCGAUGGAUGGUGGCGACCUCUCAGACCUCUGAGGUGAAACACCCUCUGCUUCCAGCUCAAUCAUGCACGUCGAUCCGAUCUUUCAGGUAAGACCUGCCAUCCACGUGGCGCAGGGUAGCUCAAAGCACACGUCAGCAGAGCUUACUGCACCAGACUCUCCUUUCGUGUCUCUUUGCGAGAUCCCUUGAUACGGACUGGACAGUCAAGACUCGGGUGCGCGGAGACGUGCUGCCCGCAAGACGUCCACUUUCAUUGUACUUCCAUCGCCCUUUCAAGCAUGUACUCUUCCCCAACAGAUCACACCUGUACUACAAAACAAUGUUAAGCGUUCAACGGAAUGUCACUCGAAGAUGAAG